GGCUGCAGGGCUGGGUGAGGAGCCAGCUCUGGUGUCACAGAGCUGGGGCACUACUGUCUUGUAGGUCCAACCCUUACCAAGCCACUCUGCUGCGGGACGGCGUGAGGAGGUACCUGCAGCUGCCAGCGGACCAGACCGUGCUCAUCCUGCACGCCAAGGUCGCACAAAAGUCCUACGGCAACGAGAAAAGGUUUUUCUGCCCCCCACCUUGUGUUUACCUGAGCGGGCCAGGAUGGAAGUUAAAACAGGAGCAGAUAAAAGCCAGGGACAUGGGAGAGGCUGGAUUUCGGGUGUGUGGGUACAUGGGGCUGGACAGCAUGGGCAGUAGCCUGAUGGAGACCCAGAAGCUCAGCUUUGAGGAGCAGCCGGACUCAAAGGGGUUCAGCUGUGCCAAGGCACUGUACAUCUCGGACACCGACAAGCGCAAGCACUUCCGCCUGGUCCUGAGGCUCUUCUUCAGCAACGGGCAGGAGAUUGGCACCUUCCACAGCAAGCUCAUCAAGGUCAUCUCCAAGCCCUCGCAGAAGAAGCAGUCACUGAAGAACACGGACCUCUGCAUCUCCUCAGGCUCCAAAGUCUCUCUCUUCAACCGCCUGCGCUCCCAGACCGUCAGCACCCGGUACCUGUCUGUGGAGGGGGGAGCCUUCAUCGCCAGUGCCAGGCAGUGGGCAGCCUUCACCCUCCACCUGGCCGAUGAGUGCUGCCCCCGGAGCGAGUUCCCCCUGCGGGAAGGGUAUAUCCGCUACGGCUCCGUGGUCCAGCUGGUCUGCACGGCCACCGGUGUGACGCUGCCGCCCCUGAUCAUCCGGAAGGUGAUGAAGCAGUAUGCCAUGCUGGACGUGGACGAGCCCAUCUCCCAGCUCCACAAGUGUGCCUUCCAGUUCCAAGGCAGCGACCACAUGUACCUGUGUCUCUCCACAGAGAAAGUUAUCCAGUUCCAGGCAUCUCCCUGCCCGAAGGAAUCCAACCGGGAGCUGCUGAACGACGGCUCGUGCUGGACCAUCAUCAGCACGGAGACGGUGGAAUACACCUUCAGCGAGAGCCUGGGCUGCGUCCGCGAGCCCGUCAGCCCCGUGCCCCUCAUCGCUGCCCUGCAGCUCACGGGCGGCGGGGACGUGGCCAUGCUGGAGGUGCAGGGGGAGUAUUUCCACGCACACCUCAAGGUCUGGUUCGGAGAUGUGGAAGCAGAGACGAUGUACAGGAGCCCCAAGUCCCUCGUGUGUGUCGUCCCUGACGUCUCUGCUUUCGGCAGUGACUGGAGGUGGCUGCGAUAUCCCCUCACUGUCCCACUCCUGCUGAUCAGGGAUGAUGGCCUCAUCUACUCCAGCUCGUUCACAUUCACCUACACCCCGGAGCAGAGCUGCGUCCCAGGGCAGCAGGUCCUCUCAGACGUCCCCCAAGACUCAGAUAAAUUACUUGACAGCAUCCAUCAGGAGUUCACCAGGACCAACUUCCACCUCUUCAUGCAGAGCUAG